GCCUUGUGCCAGUUGAUUCGAUUUUACUUUUUAUGUAUUUUUUAUUUCGCUGCGCUGAUAACAUACUCUAAAGAUAAUAUCAAUCGCUCACUGCCUUGUGCCAGUUGAUUCGAUUUGUUACUUUCUAAUUUUAUAAAAUGGCUCUUAUGUCUAUUUAUGCAGAAGAUUUAACAUCUGAAAUCAAACUAAUAUUAGAAAAUGAACUUCGUGAGACGCCUUCAGUAAGGAAAAAUUCUCUAGAAGAAAUAAAACAACUCAUUGAAGAGGAGCCAGAUUUCUACCCUUUCAUGGAUGAUAAAUUCCUGCUGCUAUUUCUCCGUAACAAGAAGCAUAAUGUUCACAGGGCUUUUAAGACACUACGAAAUUAUUAUUCAUUUAAGGAGAAAUACUCACGGGUUUUUACAGAUUUUCUGCCUUCCGAGCAUAGAAAGGUUAUAGAGAUGAAUUGUUACUCACCGAUGCCUUUCCUAGACGCCCAUGGUAGGGGCAUCGUCAUCUGUCAGCUAGGUCGAUAUCAAUGGGAAGAAAACUCUGUUGAACCUCUUAUGGCUUUUGCUGUGAACAUGGGAAUGCUGUUUUACAAAUGCGAAGCAUUUUCUAUAUGCGGGGCAGUGCUUGUAUAUGAUUUUAAGGACUUCACUCUGGAAAAUUUAUUUAAGUCUAUCGGUGUCACAUAUUUAAUCUUUGCCUUUAGGUGCUUACAGAAGAAGAAAGAUGGACACAAGUUUAUUUCUUCGCCUAUGCCUUCUAAACUGAGAGAAAUUUUGCAAACCAAUGCAGCUAAUUAG